UACCGUGACAACGAAAUAACGACUGUAAAUUUCAGUGGUUGUGAUGUUAAAGAAACAGAGUGUUUUGACCGAAAAUAGGUCGAAAAGAUGCUAGAAGGCAGGAUGCCGAACAGAAAUGCGAUGAAAUGGGCUUUUGUUGCUAUGCUCUUUGCUAGCUGUUUUGCCAUCGAUUCGAAAAAUGCAACCCAUCCUGUUGUCCCUCAGAAUGGAUCAGCACGCAACCAACAUCCAACCUGUAAACAGAGCGAAGUCGAACACAGUGACGUCAUACAUGACAGGGGACUGGGAAACAUCAAUCCAAAAAAUUACACUUUCCUUGGCAAUGUGCCUACAAUGAACGAUUGCAUGGCAAUGUGCUGCAGCACGAAACAUUGCAAUAUCGCUUACAUGAAGAACAACAGUUGUUUCGGGGUCACGUGUUUGGAAAAAGAAAAAUGUAUGGUUAAAAAUGGCACUUUGGAAUCUGGCACAAAACUGGCCCUCAUGAUCAGAAAUGAAAUGAACAGAAGAGUGUACGUCACAGCAUAUUUGGUCGUUGUCGUGUGUGCAUUCGGGGCCGCCCUUGCCGGCACGGUCUGGGCAGUUUUUGUCUUCUACAAAAGGUACUCAAGUGUGCGACCAGGAGACGACGAAGAAGAGAGUGAAUUACUGAAGCAACCCAAAGUAAGAAACUGCUAUUAGUUUUUGACAUUCAUGGUGCAGGCAAGAAGGCUUGAGGUAUAUUGAGCUGAAAAGAAAAGACGAAGAGGCAGCGACAGUUUCGCCUUCAAGGACUUGUUUUUGAUUGACGUUUAGUCUCUUUUCCAAAGCUGAUGAGAUAUAUACACGAGAUCUCCCGGCUUGCUGUGCAAAGUUAUGCUUUUACAAGCUAAUUCAAGAGAUACAAUCAGAUGUCUCGUGAAUAGCGCGAUCUAUAGCAUGCGAAUAGCAUCUGUAAUCUGACUGUAUAAGGAGACUUGCCAAGUCCACAAUUAAUAUCUUGUAGAAUUGAAAACUAAAUUUGUAUACAAAACUUGACAUUAUGGUAUAUGAAGACACAGACAUGAGCCUUGAAAAUUAUUGCUAGAAUAAGUUAAUUGCUGCCAUAAUGUGUAUAGAAUAUCGUAUUUUUAGUUUUUGCAAUUUCUAAAAACAUACCUUGCUAUGGACAGAAGGCUUACGACCUUUUUCCAAAGAAUCGCAACCGUUUUCAUGUUUCUAAGGAACGACUUUAAGGCAGAGAGCCAGUUACUUGUGCAUUUUCUUCCUUAUUUUAAAUUGGGCUUUUCCUUUUCCUGGUGCUUUACAAUGAAAAAGUGAAAAACCAAAGACUUCACAUAGUUUGUGCAGAUUAAGGCAUGUUGAAAUGGCAUCGAAAUAUAUAUUUGCUAUAAACGAAAUAUUUCAUAUUGAAACAAACGAAACGUUUAAAACGUAACAAAAUACACCUUAUUUUGAUUUGGUAAAUUAUUAACGCAGUUUAAUGG